UCAGGGGGCGUGGCGUUUUGGCAGCGUGCUUGAGGAAGAUGGCGGCGCCCUUGUCUCUGGAGUUGGAGAGUUUACUAAAUCCAAAGCCCCAGUUUUGGGAUCCCGAGGACGAUCCCGAUGAAGUCACUGCUGCUAAAGUGAUCGACAAAUUUGAUGAAGGUGGAAUUGAUGAUGAUGAUGAUGCAACACAAGGAAACCUAAAGAGAAACUCAGUGACCUACUUAUCUGAUACGGAUAAAAAGUACUUGGGGAAAGCUACAUCUCGAAAAGAUUUAAAAGCAGAAUUGGGAGAGGAGUCGUUCUCAGAAAAUUCUGAUGAGGAUUUAUCCCACGAGGAGGACUAUGAUGAAAAAAUAUUAAGUGAUGAUGGAAUAGAUGAAGAAAAGGCUAACUCUGAGGAAGAUGAUGAUUUUGAUGAAGAGGAGGAGGAGGAUGCUGAUGGUAGUAUUUACGGUGCACAACAGAAUACCGAUGAAGAUGAGACUGCAGACCAGAAAGGCUUAGACGGGUCACAGUUUCGAGAUGAUGCUGUACAAACAUUCUCUAAAGCAAAGGUGUCAGCAGAUGUUGCUAAAGGACAAGGAAUUAAGAACCAAAAUGGCAUUUGGGAUCAGCUUCUGGAAGGCCGAAUAAAACUUCAGAAAGUACUUGUUUCAGCUAAUCAGCUUCCACAACAUGAUAUGUUUGCCUUGUUUAAGAAAGAAGGAGGAGCUGAGUUUUUAGCGCCAUUAACAAAUAGUAAGUUCUUGUAUAUUACUUGAAGUAUCCGUUCAAAU